GAAACAGAGGGACCGCCUGUGGUUGUGAGUAACGGAUCAUUCUCCAAAAUUUUGGCACCGGGUGCACGUGUUGGAUGGAUGGAAGCCCAAACCGCGUUGAUCCAGCGAUUAGGUACUUGUGGGUCGUUUAUUUCUGGCGGAUCGCCAGCUUAUUUUGGUACAGUGUAGACCCUUUUUAUCCAUUUGCAUUUAAUGAUCACUAACCCAGCUACAGCAAGUCAGAUCAUCUCGGAAAUGUUGACAGCAUCCGAUUUCCAUGUCAAUUUGCAUAAUCAUGUACAAUUCCUACGAGUCACCUUGCGGGUCAGGUUACACCAGGGUCUUUGGGGUCCAUACUUGAGAUAUCUGAUGCCCUUGGGCUGCAAAGCCCAUUUGCCCGCUGGCGGGUACUUUCUCUGGGUGAAGCUACCACCGAGAAUCACACAUAUCCAAGUCAAGGAACAAAUCAGGCAACACGAACUGGGUGUAAAUGUUGGCGCCGGAGAUUUGUUCUUCGUGCCAGGCGUGAAUCACGGGGAUACCCAUUUGACAUUUGUCCGACUUUGCUUUGCUCAUUAUUCAGUCGACAAAUUACGUGAAGCUGUUGUGUUGCUAGCGAAAGCCAUAGAGUAUGUGAUUGCUGCGCAUGAUCAAGAUGAUGCUUCCUGAAUUCUGUAUGGCUUGGGAGUUCACCGCUUGGGUGAUACAAGUGACAUACGCACAAUAAGUAGCAAGGGUCGUUUGAUUAUAAAAAGU